GUAUUUUUAAUGGGCGCGCAUCUGUUGCCAUUAUUAUUUAAAAUCCUUCUUGGCUGUUGUUCCUCUCAAACCCUAGAUUGGACCUUUGCAGUUACGCAGCCGAGGACACUAGAAAUUUCCCCCUCGCAGAUCUCAUAAGAUAAAACGAUGUCGGUUGGAGAGGUUGCUUGCACUUACGCUGCUUUGAUUCUCCAUGAUGAUGGUAUUCCCGUCACUGCAGAGAAAAUCGCACUGUUGGUCAAAGCAGCCAAUAUAACAGUCGAAUCUUACUGGCCAAGCUUGUUUGCCAAGCUAUUGGAGAAGCGUAAUGUUGAUGAUCUCAUCUUGAAUGUUGGCUCUGGUGGUGGUGGUGCUCCAGUCGCCGCUGCAGCCCCUGCUGCUGGUGGUGGUGGUGCGGCUGCAGCUGCAGCUCCUGCAGCCGAAGAGAAGAAGAAGGAAGAACCUGAGGAGGAGAGUGAUGACGACAUGGGAUUCAGCUUGUUUGAUUAGGAGCUCUUUUAAGUUUGCCAAAGUCCUAUGUUGGUCUUAGUCUUAGUAGUUCAACAAUAGUUUCAUUUUGGAUCUUUUGGCUAUUCAGGUGUUGGUAUAAAUACUCCUAUUUCAUAAAAGUAGUGUCUGGGAAUUUUUUUUUUUUGAACAUUAUUUGCUUAAGCCUCAAGAUAUAUGAAUUUUGAGUUAAUUGAAUUAUGAAUUGAGUUAUUGAUUCAUGAA